AUGAAUGGAACUCAUCUUUUGAGAUUAGCAAGUAGCUUGGGAGAAAGUGAUUCACGCACACAUUUAUUGACUCUAAGGUUGAUAACGCUUGUUAUCGUAGUAGCUUUGUUAACUUUGCACGUAAAAUCUAUGAAGGUUUUCCGCUGGGAGCAAUCGGUAAGCGGUGGCUUACUCGUGACUUAUGCCAUUGCGGUUCUUGGUCUUGCGUUAUGUGCUGGUGCUAACCAUUGCGGUAGUCGAUCUUUACAGUCGUAUUUGGCCGGUAUGGGUGCUUUCUUUAUGACCAUAAAUGGUGCAGUGAUUUGGCAGAGAUGGACAAAAGCGGGGGAGUUGACGCUGGUCGUAGCUGAACUGCUGUCGUCGCUGGGUAUACGGCUGAAGCGACAAGUUAUUGCUAAAGUUGUUUUAAGUGCUGCAGCUGCUGUCGCGCUUUUAAUCGACCUUAUCGCAACACCCUUUCUGUUACCGAAAUAG